AUGAAGGAGAAUAUAAGUGUGAAGGUUGUCGAGAGAGCGAAUACUGCUUUGCAAGGAUCUCCUCAGACUCAGAGUAUUGCUAAAAUAACGAUAGAAAGCAUCAAUUUGAAAGUGCCACAUCUCACACCCAACGAUGACAUAAAGUUGCAGUUGUUGACACGUAUCAAAGCAGAUGAGUCUAUGAUGAUACCGUUUCGCCGAUGGGAAUUGCACGAGCUACCAGCACUCACACAAGGAUCUACCAUAGAAAUCUGGUCCGUCAAGACAUGUUCUGCAUUGGACAGUCCAAGAUAUGUUAUAGUAUUUUUCCAAACGAAAAAAGCCGAUAAUUUGCAUGAAGACGUCACCUUGUUCGAUAAUGCCAACAUCAAAUCCAUACGAUUGGCUCUGAAUAGCGACUAUUAUCCGCAAGAACGAAUGCUAUUGGACUUUUCCCGAGACCAAUAUGCCGACGCCCACUUCAACUAUACAGAGUUCAACAAGAGCUACCAUAACUGUCAAGAAAAGCGCUCUCUAGUAAACUUUGCCGAAUUCAAAUCCCGACCAAUGUUUGUUAUCGAUUGCUCGAGGCGCCAUCUGGGUCUAAAGUCGUCCACAGUUGACAUAAACUUACAAUUGGAGGUGUUUGAUGAACCAAUUUUCGAUCAUUCACUAAUUAGCCUACAUGAGCAUACAUACAAACCAUAUGGUUCACCAUCAUUCAAGAAUUCUGAUGAAAUCAGGAUAGCUGUCAACUUUCAAGAUUUGAUACUCGAUAUUUCUGAUAGCUACAUAUAUAUUGAGGGGAAAUUCACACCAGAUGAUGCAACGAAAUCCUGCUAUCUAUCUAACAAUACCUUAGCCUUCCUCUUCGAUGAAAUUCGUUAUGAAAUGGGUGGCGAACAAGUAUGUAUGAUUCGAAAACCAGGCAUUACUACCACAAUGAAGAGCAUGAUCUCUUAUGGAGAUUCUAACGCUAAAUUUCUUGAAACAGUCGGAUGGGGAAUUGAUAGCGAAAAUCAGCCAAUUCUAGACAAAUCUAGCCACAUAUUCAGUGGAAAACUACCGCUAAAAUAUUUAAUGGGGUUCGCUGAGGAUUAUAAUAAAGGUAUAUUGAAUGUGAAACAGGAGCUGAUACUCAUCAUAGCUCGAUCAUUCAAAAACUGCUAUAUAGGAGAAGUUGAUGCCAGUGUGGAGAUUAACAAAAUCGAAUGGAAGAUAGGACAUAUUAUGCCAUCGGAUAAGCAGAGGUUGAAAUUACUGAACCGUCUCAAUAAAAGUUCUACAGCAAAAGUGAAAAUUGCAUACAGGAUGUGGGAUCUGUAUGAAUUACCGUCAAUUCGUGAAACAUCUUCAGACAUUUGGGCUGUUAAAACCACCAAUAGUCUCGAGCGACCAAGGUACAUUAUCAUAGGCUUCCAAAAUUCUGGUAACACAGAUAAUAGAUCCAAGGAUACCACCCAAUUCAUUCAUGCGGGAGUCAACAAUAUUCGACUGUAUUUGAAUUCGGAAGUUUACCCUUAUGAACGGUGGAAUUUGGAUUUUGGAAAAAAGUUAGAUGCUGUAGCCUAUUAUGCAUACGAUAAUUUCCAACGAAGCUAUUAUGGUAAAGACAUGAGCGAACCAAUGAUGAGUAUUGAGGAGUUUAGAAAAAAUCCGUUAUUCAUCAUAGACUGCAGCCAUCAACCGGACACAUUGAAAUCUUCAACUGUCGAUAUCAAGUUGGAGUUUGAGACACGCCAAUCAAAAUUUCCAUCUAAUACCAAGGCGUAUUAUGUCCCAGCAGUAAUAUUAGUACAGACUGUUCGUUUUUGUUUCAGAAAACGUUUGAAUGAAAAACAACUAAAUGUCCUAGCUGAAAAUUUAUCAGAUGUGGAGUCACUUGAGGAUCCAUUCCAAGAUAGCGGUUCCGAGUAUAUUGAAUCGGAGCCCGACUCAGACAGUGAGUCAGAUAUUGAAAGACCCAGAAAAUUUCGAAUUCUCGAAAAAACUAAUGCCAGAAAACCGGAUGAUUUAUAUUACUCCAGCUCUUCCGAGAGUAAUGAGAAUGAUAUAACUGAGUUUGCCGGGAAGACCGUCUCCAUGGCAACUGACGGGCUAACAAGAGAAAGAGAGAGAGGAGGAGGGCGGCUGUGCUCAGGGGGCAGGAGGGGCCAGGGGGAACGAACUUUAAGUUUACAAUCAGGCCCGGAAACAAGCGAGUCUCAGACAACUCCGAAGUCAGCAAUCAGAGUCCUGCUUACAAAGGAGAGAUGCUUCCGGAUUAUGAGAUUUCGUCAGGCUGUUUGGCAAUUAUUAUAA